AUGUUAGCGGAUUGCGAACUAGUGCUGAGAGAACAGUACUCUCUCGGGUCUUCCUCUUCGCAUUCCGUUCUUGAACUCGUAGCCAACCAGUAUGCUUUCGGCCUAGAGGAAAUGCUGACGAAAACUUCUUGCGUGGUCGUAUCUGAAGUAGAGAAAGCAACUUUGGCUUUGACAAAUGGCGGGUCUUCGAAGAUUACUAGCGGCAAGCAUCAAGAUGCAAAGGCGCACCCAGAAGGAAUUUCUUCUGCAGUACUAUCGGAGAUGGAAGAAAAGAUCUGGCAGAGCAUCGGCUUUUUGCAUGUGCUCGAAAAGUCCUCUCAGAGCCAGAAGUCUGAGAAGCAGGAACAGCAACGUGCGGCAAGUCUUUUGAAAGCUAGACUGCGAAAAGCGCUACGAGAGCACUACGCAGGCGGUUUUGUGACCGACCGAGCUAUCGGCACUUGGGUUGAGGCUGUCACGGAAAAAGCGAUGGCCAUCGUCGGAAAGAAGGGUUCAUCAACCUCUACUUCGCGUCUUCAAUCAGCGAAAGAUCAUAUCGAACAUGCCACUGUCCCUCGACUUGCAUUGCUGACGCAGUUCAGCUCAUCUGGUCCAGGAGGAGAUGAUGAGGUGGUUGAUUCUUCAAUUACGGUCGAUAGAAGCGGUGUGGAGGAUACGUCGAUCGAUGCAGACACUGUCGUUGCUUUAGAAUCCGAUGCUUUGGAGCGAAUCUGCAAUGGGCCUCUGAUGCUCGACAUAGAAUCUGCGAAUCCUGAUUGGAACCUGAAGUUUUUCCCGGCACUUGGCUCUGUGGGAGAGUUCUGCAACCGAAUCAUUCAGGCGAAAGCUGGUGCUGAGAAGGCGUCAUCUUCAUCAAACGACUCUAAAUUCGAAGCUACCCGUAAGUGUCUGCUUGAGGAGUACCUAGAGGUGCGCGCAGGUGUCUUCGUCCGCAUCGGCUCACAAAAAGAAACCACUAGAACGACUUCCAGUUCGACAACGUCAAGCGACUACUUCCGUAGAUGCUUGUACGAACAAGAGGUGGCGGCAGCUGGAGGCGCAACUGGAACCCGCAGCAGUAGCGGUUCUUGGGGUGACAACCUACGAUCCGCUGUCGCUGCCGCGGUCCGAAGAUACGUUGCUGAAGCCGCAAGUCUAAUGAUGGGAGCUACGCCUUCGUCUGCUUCGUCUCUUAGCGAACUGCUACAGCAAUUCGAGAAGGAGGUUGCCGAAUUUUACUCUUUGGCCCAGAAGAACAGCAAUCCCCAUCGAUCGCCAGAGAGUCUGUGUCUCGCUUUUGGGCAUCUGCUGUCGGUUAACGGACGAUGCUUCGAACUCUUGUUUGGAGGUUCCAGUAGCCGCAUGAAGAGUGGUGGAACAGGAGAACUGACCCCUCUAGCUGGCGUCUUUCUGAGACCGUACCUGCAAUUACGGCGUCCUCGUACGUUGUUACUGGCAGAAACGGCAGGAAGGGUUCACGAUCGAUUCUUGUUGAUGGAGAUGGGCAAGCAGUUUGGAGUUUUAGAAUGGCAAGCGACGGAAAAAAGUAGGUCGCAAUUUCUACAGCAAAACGUUGGCCCAGCGACGAGUACAAGUAUCGUUGCGCAGUCAACAAGUGCUCCUGCAGCUAGCACUGCAUCCAGUGCUCCUGCCGCUACGAGUGUAGCCGAGGCUGGCGCUCCACCGGCAAAGAGACGACGUACGGGUAGCGCUGACGUGGAGGACGUCGCUGCAACUGGCACUGUAGCAGUUGCACCAAAGGAGAAUGUUGAUGACAAAGUUGCGAUUGCCACUCAAGCCCAGCAAGGAGAAGACAACUCCACUCUUUGCCGUGAAAUCGCACGUGUCAAGGGUGUGCCUCUUCAAGACGUGGAUCCCAUCAAACGGUGUUGGAUUCGCCCACCUGAGGAUGAGAGAAUCCGUUCUUUGCAGAAAACUCUUCAGGGUGCUGUGCAACGUCUAGCGGCUGAUCUCUACUCUGGAGAGUCCCACUUCGUUCUGGAACUGCUCCAAAACGCUGACGAUUGCAACUAUUCGGCAGACCUAGAACCGGCUUUGUGCAUUACCGUGACAGAGAAGAGGGAAAUGGAGAUUGGGAGUCAGCACUCAAAAUCUUCAAAUUCGAGACUGUGGACGACCUUCGGCAACACAUCAUCUUCCUCCAGCAAAGCCCUCCUCAUCGCUGAGCAUUGUGAAGAUGGUUUUCGUGCGAAGGAUGUGCGCGCCCUGUGCGACAUUGCGCAGUCGACCAAGACCAGCAAGAAAUUUAUCGGUCACAAGGGUGUGGGUUUCAAAUCCGUUUUCAAAGUUACAAAAACCCCGAUUAUCCACAGCGGCCACUACUCGUUUCACUUUGAUUCCGAUGCCCUCAACGGCUUAGGAUAUUUGGUGCCUUUUCCACUACCAGUGUUGUCGUCGAAUCUGAGUGAAGACUUCUGUAUGGCAAACCCAAACCCGAAAACUACGUCUGCAGCCUCCGCUUCCUCUUCUACUUUGGCAACACCAUCAUCCUUGCGAAACCGUGGCACACGAAUCGUGCUCCCUCUAGUCGAGUCUCUGUCUGCAGUCCAACUCGUGGGUCGACUGACCGAGGACCUCCAGCCACGAUUGCUACUCUUCCUGCGCAAGUUGCGACGCCUCGUCUUAGCACAUCAAGGCUACUUCAAGGUCGUCAUGCAGAAAACGGUCCUAUUGGAGCGAACGCAGGAGAGCAUCCAAGUGGGGCGAGCGAAUCCAAAUUCCUGCUCAAUACUGCGGUUAGAGACAAGACAACAGAGCAAUGUAGUUCAGACCACAUCUUUUGGUGAAAGCAAGGACAACGACAAAGAAUCUUGGUUUGUCCACACUGAAUGCCUGGUCUCGCCAACAGACCGUGGCAAUGCUGAUGCUGAGCUCAAAAUCGCUAUUCCAGUACCAAAUGAAGACGCGGUCAAUGGUGCUGAUACAGCUAGCAGCACUGGUGUUGACUUCUUGUUACCGUCACCAGACACUGAAGCUGAUGAUGAAAAGACGGCAGUCGCAGUACGAACGACGGGUACAACAGAAGCUACACCAGGCGGACCAUCACAAACAGCAACAUCUUCAAGCAGAAACAGCUUCCUAGCAUUCCUGAAAAAAGCCGUGAUCACUGAGCCACAACAGGUCUUCGCCUGGCUUCCAACUCGUUCUUACGGUUUCCGUUUCGUGAUCCAGGCUGAUUUCGCAGUAGCAACGAGUCGUGAGGCCGUGACAUCGACUGACUCGUUCAAUCAGUUUUUGCGCGAUCAAGUCCCAACUGCUUUUGCCAACGCUGUACUACAGUAUAUUGAGCAUGUUGUUGCCCUCUCUAGGGCCACAAAGACGGACUCUGUAGCCGCGGACGACUCGAUGGUGCAGAAUUACCAGCAAGCCUGUAUCCGUCUUGCGCAGCUUUACACUGUCAUCCCGCUUCCGGGUGAAGGUGUCGAGUUCUUCCAAAGGACGCCUCGUGCGGUGCUGGCAGCUUUGGAGAAUGUGCCGUUCUUGUUUGUAAGGACAACGGAGAAGCAAGAGGACCCGGUCGUGAAAGCACCAUUCGCCUUCCCAUCGAAAUUCGUUCGGCCAAGCGAAGCUCUUCGUGGCCGUCUGCCUCCAACUUUGUCCGCUGGAGCGCGUAAGGCGUUUGGGCUGUUGCUAGAAGGUGAUGUCGAGAAGAAAGGAACAAGCCGAUCAGCGAGUGACAUUGACUCCCGUGUUAUGCGUCUGCUUGAGCCACUGGUCAACGAUUGUGGCUACCAUUUUCUGGUUGACGACGCUCUCUUGCCUGAAACCGUCUCACAGGCUUUGUGCAUCAGGUCGUUGGACGGUUCUGUGGCGCUGGCGUGUUUGGAGAAGCUGGCUUCUGCGACAUACACAUUUAGUACAGAAAACAACAUUGACCUUCUUCGUCGAUUGCUCUUUGUCAUCCUAGCUUUUGAGGACAAACCCAAUAUCGCCGCGAUCAAGCGCUUGCGCAUACUGCCGGUCAAGAAAGCGUCCGAGGAUGAUUUACAAGACGAAGCUGAAGACAGAGACACGAAGAUGUUGAAGGAUGACGACCACGUGGAAUACGUCUCUAUCCUUGAAGAAAAGCAACAAGGUCGAUCCGUCUACGAUGCUGAGUUCUUAGUGUCUUUAGAGAAGGUCCGUGUCUUAGACUCUACUUUCCGUGAGUUCGCCAGCCAGGAACCGCGAGUAGGCGUGCUUCUGUCCAGGUUAGGCGUUCAAAAGCUGGACUCGGCCCACUUCUGCGAACAGCACGUGCUGCCGAUCUUGUUGGACGAACACAAGGAUAUACAGAAUAGUCCCGUGUUGAGACAAAAGCUCCUUGCAUGCACGUUGCACUUGAAGAAGUUGUUGUUUCCCGAUGCUAAGGAGGAAGCAGUAGAGUCGGCUGAGGCUGCUAAGCUUCAACUCGCUAGCGGAGCGGCUGACGGUGAGCAGCAACAGGGCCCAACUCCAAGUCAAAAACUGCCGUCUUCAAAUCCAAAAAGGCAGAAGGAGCUCCCCCGCGCCAAGCGAGCGGAGAUCGUACGUCGAUUGCGUGAGGGCAGACCUUGGAUUCUGGCAGAAAAUGAUAUGUCAGAGUAUCCUCAGGUAGCCACCGAGCCAACAACCAGAAGUUUUAGCAGUCUGGUGCGUCUUGAAAGCGCUUAUGAUGAUGGUGGAAAACCUUCGGAGACGGUGGAGACAAGCACAGUGGCUGUUCCAGUGCACGUCGCAGCACUUUUAUCUUCUCUUCGUGAGAAGAAAGCUGUCCCUGCGUGGUGGCAAAUCGAUCUGAGUUCUUACGUGGAACACGAAACGAAGAGCGAAUCCGGAACAGGUAGUGAAAGUACUACUGGUAGUACUGGAUCAAUGACUGCGGAACCGGCACAGUCUGCAGCUGCCGUUGGCUCAGGCCUGAAACCCUUGCCGACUCAUCUGCAUCGCCACCAGGGACAAGCUCUCAAGGCAAAGCGUUUAGAGAACUCGUGGACACGAUUUUGGGUGGAGGUGGGUGUUUGGCCCACUCUUUCCGUCGCCAGCUCUUCUACUACCCUUUCUUCUGAAGCUGAGCGUAGAUCUGAAGACUUUGCGGGCAUCGUCAACGCCUUAGCCAAGUGUGACUCAGUCAAGGAGCGCACCCAACUGUGGAUCGACGUUGGGAAUCAUUAUCUGGUGCCUCAUUUCGUGUACUAUCAAGAUGAAACAAGAUUCGCAGGAUUCCAUGAACAACUAGCAACCUUGCCGUGGAUCUUGAACUUGACGGGAACGAAGUUGUUGCGCGUUUCUGAGGGGUGGCUGCCGAAAGCGAUGCUGACUAGUUCGUCUCCUCGACCAGGACCAUUGGAAUCUCCGCGGAUUAUGCCUAUGCCGAAGAAACUACCACUGGCAGGUAAGAUGAUGGUGACUGAUGUGGACACUGCGGCAUCUACUUCAUCCUUGUCCCACCCGGUCAUCCGACCUCUAGAAUCGAGAGCCUUAGAAAAGCAUCAAAAGCUGCUCUUAUCGGACGACAGAUUCAAGCUAGAGUGGGACCACGUUUUUCAUCCUGGCGCAUUGGGCUUGACAGUUCACCGAUCCGACCAGCAGCAAGGAGACCUACCGUCGCUACUGUGCACCUCAGUCGCGCUACCCCAUAAGCCAUCGGCGCUUCAGCUGUGUGGCGUCAUCCAGGGUCAUUUUUCGGCAAGCAACUUCGCUGUACGAGAUUUGACAAACUUGUAUGCACAUUUGGCUAAGCGGUGUAGGGAGGAAGGCAUUACGGCAGGUACCGGCACCACAAUGGGAGCAGUGAAGAAUGACAAUAUGUUGGAGGUCGAGAACCAAGUCCGAAGUUUUCUGCAGACUAAAAAGUGGGUCUGGGUCCCUAAUCAUCCUAGACUUGUGCAUCGUCCAGAAGACAACGUCGAGGAACCAGCGCGCGGCAAGAAGAAUAAGAAGGUCGACGUUGAUUUCAGAUCGACUGCUGCUGGAACUAGCAUCGCAAACAAGACCCAUCCAUCAAGAGUUCUCUUCAACGGCAGUGCUGAAAUUUGCAAGGCUCCAGGCAAAUGGUAUGGCCUCUCGGAGCUCUGCUUCACAGAUGAAGCUCAAGUGUUGGAUUCCUACUCGCCUUUCGUGUCGGACCUAGGAUGUGACCUAGUCCGCGCUGUGCUUGGCAAGCGCUGUCUCGCGCACUACUAUUGGGGACCUACGACGGCUAGUGGAGCUGGAGGAGCCGGCGCAGGAUCGACGUCGUCCUUUCUGGCACAGGUUCGCAAACAAAAUUCCUCGCUUCUGUCCCCCGAGGCCAAGAGAAGACUGCAAACCUGGACACCGUCUGAAGCGCAAACAAGGUUGCAUAACUUCUUCGCCGAAUGGGGCGUGGCGGAGGCGCCAACUUGGCCGGCAUACUAUCAGCUACUGCGAAAAUUGAGUGGCAUGAUGAAAGAUUCCUCAAGCAGCAGCUGCAUCUCGUCCCCAGAGCUCGUCACCAUCGUCAGCAGUAUUACCCUUGAAAACGAUGACGUUUUGGAGGUGAUCGAGAGAAUCAUGGAGUUUUUGCAUCUUUCUGUGAGACGUGAACUUCGUUCGAUGGAGGAGCAAAGUGGAACACUUAGGCAAGCCCUAGAUGCUUUGAAUUCUGGAGAUCCUGAACUUCUGACUGAUUCGGUGUUGACUUUGAUUCGUCGACACAGCCGAGUGUUGCGCGGAUUCUUGCGGCAUAGUAGAGGUAUGCCAUUGGCGGUGACAAUGGCUGGCGGAGAAUGGCGCGAAGUGGUGGAUGCUCGUGCUGGUGCUACAGAAUUAGGAGACGACGCGAUGGAUUUGGAUGCGGAGGUUGAAGUUAUCGAUCAUGUCGAUAUAAUGAUGGAUACUGACGUUGCUGAUGCUCCUGUGACCACAUCUUUGAUGAAGUUUCCGCCAAUUUUCCUACCUUCCAACCGUUAUUGGGGCAACGCCAAUGCUAGACGCUUUGAGUCGGCUGGACUGAAAUACGAUGUCAUUGAGCCAUACGUUCUGCACGUUACGGAACAAAAUGUGACACGAAGUCUCACACUUUCCGGCUGGCGCUUACUCGGAGUGCCCACGUUCGAUCUGUGCUAUGAAAGACUGAGACUUCCUACACGAGGAUUGGAAAGUGGACCCUCUAGUACAGCUGGCGGUGCUCAUCAGUCCACCACGCUCUGUCAGUGGACCGGGUCGAAUCUGCCAUCAGGUUUGCUCAAGCUCUACAAGGAAGUGGAGUCCCUCGAUCAAGAUGAAUCCACGGAACAGCAAAUACGCCUCCAAUCUGUUGUUUUCGACUGGCGCAUUUUCUUCCGUGGUGGCAUCCGCAACCCAGACGCUGCAGGCGCCAGAAGCGCUACAAAAUACUACACUGACUUCGCUCGAGCAAGCGCCAUUGAACGUCGCUACUUGCUGAGCCAAGCUUGGAGUGUAUUUCGCGCAAGCACAGAUCUAAUUUUCAUGCGGUCUGUGGUAUUGCACCUUGCAAGGAUAAGCUUAGAUCUGUUUGUUCAGCACCAGGAGUUCGUGUUGGCAACGACAUCAGAUGGGCAGCAGGAAUCAUCUGAAGAAAACCUUACAGCACAGCUGCGCGAAGCGCCGAACGUGUUCUGGGACAUCCUGAGCAAGAAGUUCCAAUUUGAAGUACUGUCAGUUCGAGGAAGCGGUGGAGAUGGUGGUACUGCAGCGACUGGCGCGGCUGCAGCAACAGCAAAGUCAACUGCUGGAAAACCAUCGAUUUGCAAAGAGCAUGUCAUGAUUCUGCCAAAUUCGUCUGCAAAUCAGCAAGACGACUCAGCAGCAACAAAAGCAGAGUCUUCCUGGCUUUAUGCUCCAUCACAACGUGCUGGACAGCAAGCGGAUGAGAAGUUCUCGAGUCUGUACACCAAUAUGCGAGACGCUCUUCAACAAGACGGCUCUCAUCAGAACAAGUUUGUCGCUGUUUCGGGAGGCACAGCAUUCGAAAAGAUGCCUUUUGUGGGUACCACAUCGUCAGGGAAGAUCAAGUGUGCUUUCCCACUUCGACCAGCAGCAUCAAGACCAUGGUCUGCAGAUGUGCUUUCAGCUACAGGCAGUGCAUCAGGUGGCAACAAGUCCUCGAAUUCAGUACUGAAGCAAAUAUUUGGAACAGCGGUGCAUGAAACAGUACGAGAACUUCUCAAGAAUAGAACAGGUUCUCGUUCUUCUGGAAGCUGUGAAGCAACAGCAAGUCGUGACACGGAUGCUCUCUACCAACAGGUUCUGUGGCAACGGCUUUACGUGUCUUGCGUCGAGCCUGUAGCUGCGAUCUUGCUUCCACUCGUCCAACGAGCGGUUCCGAGUCCGUUGUCGAGCGAAUUGGAGACGUACUUUUUCGACGAAGAAGACACGACCUCCAUGGAAAGCAGUGGAUCGACUACUAGAAAUCUCCUACUCUCAGCGGAAAAACUGCAGUAUGUCAAGUCAGAACACGAAGGAAUGGAGAAAUGGGUGCAUGAAACCUUUGUUUCAGCCUUGAGUCAAGGGGCGGAAGGGAGACAGCAGUUGCGAAAGGCGUUGUUGAAGCAGCGAAAAAGCAUCAAAAAGAAGAUCGAGGCAGGUAGCGACGGCAACGAACAGGAUCUCGGUUUGGACGUGCAUGGUACCGAGAACCUCGACGAGGAGGAAGACGACUUUGUGGAGCAAGGCUUUCUUGAGGAUGGGCUACCGGUUCUUCCUUCAGAGGAUACAACUACAGCUGAAAUGGAGCAGGAUGAUGAGCAACAAACAUCUACUAGGGAUGGCCUUGAUUUCACAUCGAUCGCAACAAGUUUAACUGAAAACUUGCAACCUUCCGAGGAAGUAGGCGAUGAGCGAGUUCUUGGUCAUGAUGAUGCAUCCUCUGGCGAAGCGGGGGAAGAACCAAACCUCUUCUCGGAACUGAUCGCAGAUGCACAAGAAUGUGAACGACUACAGCGAGAAGCUGCUGAGAGGAAACGGGAAGAAGAACGUGCUGCAGCCGAAGAAGCUAGGCGCAAACGAGCCCAGCUACUUUCUAAUGUACAGGUUACGGGAGAAGGACUCUCUGCUGGCGCAUCAUCUUCUAGCAGCUCAGGCGCAAAUGCAACAGGAACCACUACCCUGGACUUUGGUGGUAUCGUGACAGCAAAAGAGGGUGUAGAACAAGCCAGAUUGGAGAUGGAGCAAGCUCAGGCUGAGUAUGACGCUAUGCUGAAGAUGCAACAAGAACAAGGUGGCACUGUAGGAGAGGAUGGAGAAGAGCCGCCACUAAAAAAGCCUCGCAUAGGAGAAGAUACUAGUUCGUCUUUCUCUUCAGCUCUAUCUCGUAUGGCAGCUGAGGUCCAUGAAAAGCAAGCCGCGUGGCAGAAGAGUCGCAGAGGGUUUGACAAUGCCAGUGCUACUGCACCAAGACGCGUUGCGAAAGCAGACUUGGUCGGUGUUCCAGGAGAACAGCAGUUGGGAACAGGAGCGAACUCUGUAGCACUAGGAACUGCAUCAUCGUCAAGUACAACUGGUACUGGUGGUACUGCAGCGGAUAAGGAUAAAGCGGAAAGCACCGCUGAAGGUGGGAACCUCCAAGAUCCAGUGACAGGAGCAUCAUCUUCCUCCACCAAGGUUGACUUACCUCCACUGGAGCCUGGCUCUGAUGCUUUUGCGAAGCUAUUACAGCAAAAAGAUAAGGAUGCGAUGUUCCGACUGAAGCAGAUGGGAAGGCAAGACUUGGCGGAAGGAGAUCGGGAUAUUCAGAAUGCGGGAAGACGACAGGAGCGUACAACAGGCGCUGACGAAGAGACUCGACAAAAAAUCAUCAAAUCCUUGGAGCAGAGGAAAGGCAAGGGCAAAAAGGGUGGCAAGCUGAAUCAGAUUUAUGAACCAACUACAGUGCGUGGUUGCAUUCAAAAUCAUAGCUUCUAUACUUACUUCGUAUCAUUUCGAUCUUCUUGCUUGAAAGACACAUAGAAGAGAUCGUUCGAGCUCUUUCAUGCCAAAGAAUCUGAAUUAGGUUUACUAUCUUUCGAGCUCUUUCAUGCCAAAGAAUCUGAAUUCGGUUUACUGUCUUUCGAGCUCUUUCAUGCCAAAGAAUCUGAAUUAGGUUUACUAGGUGUAGGUCAUUACCUCACUUUUCCAUUUUCCCACCUUCAUUACCCGGAUCCGGCUGUCCAGAACGCGAUUGGUGAAUUGGGUGAACGACAGGCUAGAAAAGCACUCAUGAAGAUGGGUUUCGCGGUUUUGUGGAUCAACGAGCAUGAUGAAACCGGUCUCCCCUUUGAUUUCCUCAUUCGCAAAGCCGAUAAUGAUGAUUUUGGUCGAGAGGAGGAGCUGUCCAAUGCCGCAAAAUACUUUCCGGGAUUGGCGACUUUGGCGAAAGGUGGUAGUACUGGCGCAGGCGCCUCGUCUUCUUCCUCUGGUGGUAAAGGCGGCACAACCGAACAACAGCGUCGUUACGACCUAGACAGUCAGAAGUUGCAGAAAAUCUUCUUUGCUUCUCCCAGUAUGAUCGACAACCCGCUGACUCCAGCAGAACAAAUGCUUCAAUCAAGCUGCAUCAUGGUAGAAGUGAAGGCGACAGUCGGCGCGAAGAAGGAAUUUUUUGACGUUUCUUUGCCAGAGCUGGUGGCCGCGUGGCGCUUUGCGGAACGCUACUGGGUAUUGAGGAUUGAGAACAUCAUAGGAGAGGUGCACGACAUCCGGUUCAUCAAGAAUGUACCAUUGUCUUUGCAACAAGGAGAUUGCAAAAUCUGGAUGGUGUGCUAG